AUGGCACCAGGCGCAAUCUUCGAAACGCCCAAUGUGGCUGAGAACUUCAACGACCACCGCGAUGGUCUUGCUCUAGAAGCCACUUCCGACGCCAUUGACGAUGUCAACGUCCUCAAGGCCGCCAUGAAGGUCAAGAACGGCACCGCAACACAGAAAGAGAAGGACAUCUACGAGAAAUCCGAAUUCGAUGCUGAGAAGGACAAGACCCAGUUCCGCCAGUACGAAGAAGCAUGCGACCGCGUGAAGAACUUCUACCGCGAGCAGCACGAGAAGCAAACCGUCGGCUACAAUCUCAAGGCGCGCAACGCCUUCCACGCCAAGACACGCGCAGAGAUGACCAUCUGGGAAGCAAUGGAGAAGCUCAACACACUCAUCGACGAAUCCGACCCAGACACCUCCCUCUCGCAAAUUGAGCAUCUCCUCCAGUCUGCCGAAGCCAUUCGCCGCGAUGGAAAGCCGCGUUGGUUCCAGCUUGUAGGUCUUAUUCACGACCUCGGCAAGCUCCUUUUCUUCUACGACGCCCAGGGCCAAUGGGACGUAGUUGGCGACACAUUCCCUGUCGGCUGCGCCUACUCUCCCAAGAUCAUCUACCCCGACACUUUCAAGAACAACCCAGACUACAAGGAUGAGAUCUACAGCACCGAGCACGGUAUCUACACACCUGGCUGUGGCAUGGACAAUGUCAUGUUGAGCUGGGGCCACGACGAGUACCUCUACCACAUCAUGAAGGACCAGAGCACCAUCCCUGACGAGGGUCUUGCUAUGAUUAGGUACCACUCAUUCUACCCGUGGCACACUGGUGGUGCGUACAAGUGGAUGAUGAACGAGAAGGAUGAGCGCAUGCUGGAGGCCGUCAAGGCGUUCAACCCUUACGAUCUCUACAGCAAGAGCGACGAGGUUCCUAAGGUUGAGGAUCUCAAGGAGUACUACUUGGACAUCAUUGAUGAAUUCAUUGGCAAGGACAAGAAGCUUAAGUGGUAG